AUGGCAGCGACGAGUGUUGUCGUUCUCGACAGAGGCAAUAAUACAACUUGUACCGUAAAUCUUUUCGGUGCUACUGUGGUAUCAUGGCGUGUUAACAAUCAGGAGCAGUUAUUUGUAAGCAAACAAGCUGUAUUCGACGGCAAAAGAGCGAUACGUGGGGGGAUUCCAUUCGUUUUUCCUCAAUUCGGACAAUGGGCGUUCGGACCGCAGCACGGGUUCGCGCGAGUGGCUCGCUGGCACGUGGAAAAGUUGCCGGAACGGCUGCCCAGUGGCGACGUGGAGGCCAUCUUCAGCCUCAUGGACGACGAAUUCACGCACUCCAUGUGGCACUUCCAGUUCAGACUCACGUAUAGGCUGAUCCUCCGCGAAAAGGAGCUGCACUUUAACAUUGGUGUGUACAACCCGAGCAAAGAGCUGACAUUCAGCUGCCAGCUGUUACUGCACACGUACUUCAAGGUGCCAGACGUGCGCCGCUGCCAGAUCACCGGCAUGCACGGGUGCAUGUUCAUUGACAAGACACGAGAAGGUGCCGUGUACCAAGAGACGCGGGAAGUGGUUACCAUCAAUGAAUGGACGGAUCGCAUCUACCAGAACACUAUGCAAGAGCACAUCAUCACCAACGUCGUCAGCGGCCGCAAGAUGAGGAUACAGAAGUACAACUUCCCUGAUACCGUGAUCUGGAACCCGUGGUCGGAGUACGCGAAGGAGAUUCCUGACUUCGGGGACGACGAGUUCCCGAAUAUGGUGUGCGUGGAGGCGGGCCGCGUCGCCGCGCCCAUCGUGCUGCUGCCCGGCACCGCCUUCGAGGCCAGCCAGAUACUGCAGGUGAUGUAA